CUCACAUCAGCAGCUGGGCUCGCUCCACUCCCCAUCUCUCUAAGCCGAGCCUACUCCCUCCUCGCCAGUCUAACCAAUGAGUUUCGGCGGAGAAAAACCCCAAGCAGUGUGUUCUGGGGGAGGAUUAAAACAUGUGUGUUUAAGAGUAAAGACCAACGACAGUUGAUCUGAUCUAGGCUCCUGAAAGCACCACCUUCAUGUCCUGUCUCUCGUCAGUGCUGAGUCAAAAGAGCCUGUCUCCUGUGAGUGUGCCAAGUCUUUACUGAGAUCCCUCGACCCACCACUACAUUUUACCUUCCCACGGAGUCACCACAUCGUACUGCUUCGCUGGUUGGCAGCUCCUUUUGCCCUGAGCCAGGAUGAAUGAUGUUCUGGAGGCCACCUCCCCUGCGACCAGCCUCAGCGGUCCAGCUACCUGCGUCUGCAAAGUAGAGCUGCGUGUGUCUUGCAAAGCCCUGCUCGACCGAGACACCCUGAAUAAGUCAGACCCAUGUGUCAUAAUCAUGGUCCAGAUCAACGGACAGUGGACCGAGCUGGACAGGACAGAAGUGAUCAAGAGCAACUUGCACCCGGUCUUUGCCAAGGUGUUCUCACUGGACUACUACUUUGAGGAGGUUCAGAAGCUGCGAUUUGAAGUCUACGACAUCCACGGCACUCACAGCAUCGGCACCCGGGAUGAUGACUUUCUGGGUGGGGUGGAGUGCACUCUUGGCCAGAUCGUGGCCCAAAAGAAGAUGUUGAAGCCUUUGUUGCUGAAGUAUGGGAAAUAUGCCGGCAAAUCCACCAUCACGGUGCACGCUGAGGAAAUUUCUGGCAACAACGGGUAUGUGGAGCUUUCCUUCUGUGCCAAGAAGCUUGAUGAUAAGGAUCUCUUCAGUAAGUCAGACCCAUUUUUGGAAAUAUACCGAAUCAAUGACGAUGAAAGUGAACAACUUGUGCACAGAACUGAGGUGAUUAAAAACAACCUGAAUCCUGUGUGGGAGCCCUUUAAAGUGUCGCUCAUAUCCCUGUGCAGCUGUCAGGAGGACCGGAAGCUCAAGUGCCUAGUUUGGGAUUAUGACUCCAGGGGGAAACACGACUUCAUUGGCGAGUUCUACGCCACUUUCAGGGAUAUGCAGAAAAUUGCCAGUGGAAAUAAGGUGACGUGGGAUUGUGUGAAUCCCAAGUACAAACAGAAGAAAAGGAACUAUAAAAAUUCAGGAGUUGUCAUCCUCACUGACCUUAAGCUACACAGAGUGUACUCCUUCUUAGAUUACAUCAUGGGAGGAUGCCAGAUUCACUUUACGGUUGCCAUUGACUUCACAGCCUCCAAUGGAGACCCAAGGAACAGCUGCUCUUUGCACUACAUCAACCCUUACCAGCCCAAUGAGUACCUGAAGGCUCUGAUAGCAGUGGGGGAGAUCUGCCAAGACUAUGAUAGUGACAAAAGAUUUUCAGCUUUGGGCUUUGGUGCCAGAAUCCCUCCAAAUUAUGAAGUGUCUCAUGACUUUGCUAUCAAUUUCAACCCAGAAGACGAUGAAUGUGAAGAGAUCCAAGGAGUGGUUGAGGCGUACCAGAACUGCCUUCCUAAGAUCCAAUUGUAUGGCCCAACCAAUGUUUCGCCCAUCAUUAACAGGAUAGCCAAGUUGGCAGCAGGCGACGGCAUCAUUAAAGAUGCUUCUCGAUACCACAUCCUGCUCAUCCUCACAGAUGGUGUAGUGACAGACAUGGCAGAUACGCGCGAAGCUAUUGUACGAGCGUCCUACCAGCCUCUCUCCAUAAUCAUUGUUGGUGUGGGCAAUGCAGACUUCACAGACAUGGAGAUUUUGGAUGGAGACGACGGAGUCCUACGCUCACCAAAGGGCGAGCCAGUCCUCAGGGACAUUGUGCAGUUCGUGCCCUUCAGAGACUUCAAAACGGCUUCACCUGCAGCACUGGCCAAAUGUGUUCUGGCGGAGGUGCCCAAGCAAGUAGUAGAGUACUACAGCCAUAAGGCCAUCUGCCCUAUGAGUCCUUUGAGGGACUUACUGACCCCCAUCCUCAGCCCUGUCGCCACCACCCCAACAGAAUAACCACCCACCUGCUCUUGGGACCAAGCUUUGACCACAGCACCAGUUCAGCAGACUAAGAGAAAGAAAGGAUGCAUGUCUCACAAUUUUGGACUGAAUGACUGAAGAGAAAAUCAGAUUA